GAUCAAGGAGUUCUAUGAGAGCCUUCAGAAUCAUGCCUCAGUGGACCUUCGGCUCCAGGCUGCGAUCCUGAUCUUCGUGAUCCUGGGUUUCACUGCCACCUCCUGGCUGCUGGGGCCAAAGGAAGGCUCGGGAGGCGCGCAGGAGGAGGAUGCCAAGGAUGAUGAGCCCAAGGAGAUUCAGGCCCCGGCCCCGCGCCAGGCCCCGCGCGAGGCCCCGCGCGAGGCCCCGCGCGAGGCACCGCGCGAGGCCUCUCGGGAGCCCUCUCGGGAGCCCUCCCCGGAGCCGAGGGAGGAGGUUGCCAAG